GGACUUUCAAGAUGGUCGCUAGUUAACAAGACAUGUGAGAUAUUUAAGCUAAGAUUUUCGCGUUAACGUCAGGUUUAGGUUUCCAUUCCCGGCUUGAAAAAGUUGUACUGUUUAAAAAAAAAAAAAAAGAAUGGGGAAAACAAAGACUAAGAACCAGAAGAAAGCCCGUGAGGCUGCCACCCUUCAGGCGGACGAGUCUUACUCCACUGUGCCGCACACCUUCGUGUUUCACCGUGGACAGAUCGGCAAGAAUGUGGGUCAGCUGGUGCUGGACAUGAGACGAGUCAUGGAGCCUUACACUGCCAGAUCUUUAAAGGUGCGGAAGAAAAACGUCUUGAAAGAUUUCGUUGCUGUGGCCGGACCGUUAGGAGUCACGCACUUCUCAAUAUUUACCAAAACAGAAAAUGGUGUAAACAUGAGGCUCGCACGGCUUCCCAAAGGUCCAACGUUAUAUUUCAGUGUUGCAAAGUACACACUCAUCAAAGAUGUAGUUUCAUCUUUAAAGAGGCACAGGAUGCAUGAUCAGCAGUUUACCCAUCAUCCUUUGCUAGUGCUGAAUAAUUUUGGCAUAGAGGGCAUGCAUGUCAAGCUGAUGGCCACCAUGUUCCAGAACAUGUUCCCCUCGAUCAACGUACACAAGCUCAACCUCAAUUGCAUAAAGAGAUGUGUGCUGUUAAAUUAUGAUCCAGUUUCUCAGGAGGUGGAGUUUCGUCAUUAUAGCUUGAAAGUGGUGCCCGUGGGCAUGAGUCGAGGGGUGAAGAAGCUCAUGCAGGAGAAGUUUCCCAACAUGAGCAAGCUGCAGGACAUCAGCGAGCUCCUCAUGAAAGGCAUCAACCUUUCUGAGAGCGAGGCAGAGCAGGAUGGGGAUCACAACAUCACAGAGCUUCCUCAGGUGUAUUCGGGUCGUGGGAACAUGGCCGCCCAGCAGAGCGCAGUUCGGUUAACUGAGAUUGGCCCCAGAAUGACCCUGCAGCUGGUGAAGAUAUUAGAAGGCAUGGGAGAAGGAAAUGUGCUUCAUCAUUCCAUGGUCUCAAAAUCAGAGGAAGAGCUUCAGGAGAUGCUGAAGAGGAAGGAAGCCCGUCUGAAAGAGAAAGAAGCGAGGAAAAGAAAACAAGAAGAGAACAUUGCUCUAAAAAAAGAGCAACGCGAUCAGAACAAGAAAAAAAGCUUGGAGGGCAUCAAAAAAAAGCGUCAGCAGGAAGGGCAGGUGUCCGAUGAUGAAGUGGAGGAUCCUGGGAACCAGGAGGACAAGCCUCCAGCCGAAGACUCUGAGGAUGAAGCGGAUUAUUACAGACAGGCUGUAGGAGAGGAACCAGAUGAAGACAUGUUUCCUGCUGCAAAAAGGAAGCGUGGCCCCGGAAAGUCACAGAUACCCUUCAAAAAGAGGAAGCUGUCACCGGGGAAGGGCCCUCCCUUUAAGUCGCCUGACAGGGGAAAGAAGGCUGGCGGGCAGCGGUUUGGGGAUAGAAAAACGGUAGAGGGGAGAAACAGAUUUAGGAAGAGUGAAGGAGGCAAGAAGUUUGGCAAAAAAGGGGGGAAAGACGAUAGAUUUGGAGGACAGAAAAAAGGAGAAACGGGCAAGAAGUUCGGCGGACAGAGAACGUUUAAAGGACGUGCGGUUAUGAAACGCCAGAAAGGCACUGGUGGUAAAAAGGACUUCAGACACAAAAAAGGAAAAAGCUGAAGGAAAUGAAAAUGAGGAUGGACAUAUCUAAAAGCGCUGAACCACAAGGUGGGACUGUUGCUUCACUGAUGCGUCAUGACUGAUGUAUGAUUUCCACGCAAACAUCAGCAAUAUCCUGCGUAAUGUCAGACUUGUGCCUUGUGUAAAUGUUCAUAGAGUUGUAUCCAGUUACCAAUAAAUUUUCAAACUGCCAAGCA